CAGGCUGCUCCGGGCUCUGGCCCGGCGCUCGGUGAGCCCGGGACACGCGGCCGGUAGCUCAGAGUCCAGGGGCUGGAGAGCCAGCCUAGGUCUGAACUGCAAGACCGAGGGCAGCAAGGGGAGACGAACAAAUAGUCCCCAGCGCCUCCUCCGGCCACAGUCGGGCGCAGCGGUUCCAGCCACCGCCAGGCUGUCCGAGCCAGGCCGGACCGAGCUGGGUGCACGGACCGGGCUCAUCGGCUCUAAUUGCGGCGCUUAUGUUGAUGAUGAUUUUUUUUUUUUUUAAAUCACAGCAGCCCCCAGUUUAGCGGACUGAUUUACUCCCGGUAUUGGUAAAUAUGAUCACGUGGGCCGCGCGACCAAUGGUGGAAGCUGCAGCCUGCGAACUAGUCGGCGGCUCGGGCGCCGGCGGGGAGCGGCGCCGCGGCGGGCAGUGUAACCUUGGGUGGGAGCGCACGGCGCCUCAAAAUGUCCUCCAGUGGCACCCUCAGCAACUACUACGUGGACUCGCUCAUAGGCCAUGAGGGCGACGAGGUGUUCGCUGCGCGCUUUGGACCGCCGGGGCCCGGCGCGCAGGGCAGGCCCACAGGUGUGGCCGACAGCCCGGCCGCUGCCGCCGCCGAGUUUGCCUCGUGUAGUUUUGCCCCCAAAUCGGCCGUGUUCUCCGCCUCGUGGUCCGCGGUGCCCGCCCAGCCCCCGGCGGCGGCGGCGAUGAGCGGCCUCUACCACCCGUACGUGCCCCCGCCGCCCCUGGCCGCCGCCGCCUCCGAGCCCGGCCGCUACAUGCGCUCCUGGAUGGAGCCGCUGCCCGGUUUUCCGGGCGGAGCGGGCGGCGGCGGGAGCGGCGGCGGGGGCGGAGGUGGCCCGGGCCCUGGUCCCAGCCCCGGCCCCAGCGGCCCACCCAACGGGCGCCACUACGGGAUUAAGCCAGAAACCGGAGCGGCCCCGACCCCUGUCGCCGCCACCUCCACCUCCUCCUCCACUUCCACGUCUUCCUCUUCCAAACGGACUGAGUGCUCCGCGGCCCGGGAGUCCCAGGGGAGCGGCGGCCCCGAGUUCUCCUGCAACUCGUUCCUGCGGGACAAGGCGGCAGCGGCGGCUGGGGGAACCGGGCCCGGGGCAGGGAUCGGGUCCGGGUCCGGGGCAGGCGGCUCGUCGGAGCCCUCGGCUUGCAGCGACCACCCAAGCCCAGGCUGCCCACUGAAGGAGGAGGAGAAGCCGCAUCCGCAGCCGCCGCAGCAGCAACUUGACCCAAACAACCCUGCAGCAAACUGGAUCCACGCUCGCUCCACCCGGAAAAAGCGCUGUCCCUACACCAAAUACCAGACGCUUGAGCUGGAGAAGGAAUUCCUCUUUAACAUGUACCUCACCCGGGACCGGCGCUACGAGGUGGCAAGGAUUCUGAACCUCACAGAGAGACAGGUCAAAAUCUGGUUCCAGAAUCGUAGAAUGAAAAUGAAAAAGAUGAGCAAGGAGAAAUGCCCCAAAGGAGACUGACCCGGCAUGGCGCCGGUGGGACCACUCUGCGCUGCAGAGGCAGUGGGGGUUUUGUUUGUGGGUGCUUGAUUUCCAGAAACUCACCAGCGAUUCGGACAUUUCCCCCCCACCCCCUUUUAGGUAGAAGUGACUGUGUGGUUGGUCUCUGUGAGGUAUUUGAGGGACUCUGUAUUUGCUCGCUUCUGUGUUGGAGAAAUGAAGUGCUUUGGGGUUUUGCCUUUUCCCGCUCCCUCCCUUUCCUGGACUGUCGGUUCCAUAGGAAAUGCUAUAUUUUGUGGGUGCACGCUGGAUUGAGGAGCCCUCUCCUGUGUAAAUGUCCCCUAUGUUUCUGAAAAGUGCUGUAGUUUAGCCCCCAGCGCUGCUCAAGCAGGGGCCAAGUGCGCCCCACUUCUGAGAAUGAAGGCAGAGCGACAACAGUGGGAGGCCCGCCCAGGUUGCCCAGCAGUUAGGAAAGUCCCCUUUCCUCAGGGAGCCCGCGGGCCCUUCCCGGAGACCUGGAAUGAGGCCGAGGGGGCAACCUAGGGCCUCUGGUGGGUGGGGGGUUAUUCUCAGUGCACUGGAGCAGCCAGGCUCUCCUGGGGAGGGCUCGGCUUGCGUCGGCGGCCGCGGGUGCGGGCCCUCCUGGUUCCUGCCUGAGGACCAGUUGUAAAUGUUACCACCGCUUCCUACCAAUAAAGGUUGACCUGAUCAAAUGGAGCCCAGGCGCUGG